AUGAGUAUAAAAUCAUUCAAUUCUGUCGAGGAUUAAAUUGUCGAACUUAAUCAUCACAGAAGAAAUCUCUACAAUAAGUUAGACGAAAUACCACUAGAAUCCUUGCUCUCAGAAGAUCUUAAUGAGAUGAGAUAAUGGAUUUUGGAGACGAUAGCAGCUUCAAAAAUAUUGAGUGAUGGAUUGACCCCUGAGAUUUUCGAAGAAUUUAAAACUCUGAAGGAGGAUGUGAAUGAAAUUAAAUAUCUGGAGGAGGAAAACAAAUACCUAGAAAAUCAAGUGACAUUUUUGUAAAAACAAAUUGAUAAAAAGUAAAAGACUUUUCAUAUGUCUGAACACGAUGACGAGGUAAUUGAAACAGAAUUAGAUGAGAAUGAAGAAAUGGAAAACAUUACUAGAAUUGAACAAAAUCUUAGAGAGCUUGGAAAGUAGAGGACAAGAUAAAGAAAUACCUAGCCUGCUCAAAAGCCAAUUUAUGAAGAUCUUGGCAUCUAAAGAUCUCAAGUACAAAAACUUGAUAGGGAUUCAUCUCUUGAGGACUUUAAAAUGAUUCCUCACCAAAGCACUAACAUCGAUGUUUUUGAAUUAAGCGAAAAAUGCAUUUAACUCGAGGAUAAGUUAAAAAAGCUUCAAGGGGAAUAUGCUGCUAAUGAAAAAAAGUUAUACGACGCGUUGAAUAGUUUGUAACAAGUUAAUACCUAUUCAUCAGAAAUGGAGAAUGAUCUUGAGGCUGCUAGGAUCGAAUUGGAUUCUCUAAGAAAGGAAAAAAAUACCUUCCAAGAUAGAUAAAAAAUGAGUAUUGAUAUUAUUAAGGAACUAGAGGAUGAAAAAUAAAAGUUGGAGAGAGAUAAUGCCAACAGGUACGAGUAGAUGAUGCAAAUUUAAGAUGAAUAUAAAUCAUUAAGAGACAAAUUUGAUGAUUUACAAGAAUACCUUAAUGGAAUAUAAGCUGAGAGGAAAAGCAUGAAAUUCUAGUUUGAAAGCAAAGAGAAAAAAAUUAAGGAUUUGGAAUCUGUUAUUAAUAAUUUUGCCACAAUUUAGGAGCACUUAGUCUAUAAAAAGACAAAAAAGAGAGAGUAAUUUAAUGUUGAGAAGAUAGAAGAGAUCUUCAAAUAAAUCUAGGAGGAAGAAAAGCAAAGGCUUUAUGAGGAGGCAAUAAAUAGUCUAAAGAAAUUUGAAGUUGUUUUAAGUCCAAGAAAUCGCCACGUAACAUUAAAGGUAACUGAUCAUGAGGAGAAUAUUACAUAGCAUAAGAUCCAAGUAACUCGAAAUGAUCUAGAAAUACUGGAUAUGGAUGAAGAAGAUCAAACAGGAUUCAAUUAGUAAUUGACUGAAAAGCUAUUGGAUACAAGCAUGGUCAACAGAGGCUUUGGAGAGAACUAAUUAGAUGGUUACCCCUCAGACGACAAAAGUGACAACAAUAUUGGUCAUUAAUAAGUCAAUCUAAGACCAUUCGAAUUCCAUUCAAAUACCACAUCUGCUGAUGUAAGCAGAAGAGGCAGCUUCUUGAAUAAAGGAAAUCCCAGCAGUGAUAAUGCUUCAUAGAACAACAGAUUGACCUACAUGAAUGAAUACGAAAAUACUCCAAUCAAUGCAAUCAGUGGCGAAAUAGUUUAUACUGGUGAUAUUGGUGAUAAUAUGUCAAGACCUGGUUCCUUCUAUAAGGGUGAUAAAAGGAAUUCGCAGAGAAUGACAAGGCCUGUAACAUUUUAAGAAUAAAAGCCAAGAAAGAGUACCCUGAAUGAACUAGAUUUUGAUGGAGCUUAACCAAAUGAACAAUUUGAAGAGGAGCAAAGACCAAAUGAUCUGCUUGAUAUCUCAUAUGGCGAUCUCAGUCAACACUCAUUGAUGGAUGUUAAGCCUUAAAUCAGCAACAGAUUCGCUUAAAAUAUCUUUACUGAGAUUAGAAUUGAUAAUGUUGAAAGAUAAGAAUCUGCAUCAAACAUGAGUUUCAAAUAGGAUGGUAGAAAGAGCAGCAUUCAAACACCAAUGUUCAAGAACUUUUAAUUUAGAUUUGAUGAUGGAGAAGGCGAUGACGAGAUUGAGCAAAAAGAUCAUUCUGACUCUGAAAGUGAGCAAUCAGAGCAGCAAUCGAAAUCGCUGAUUGACAUGACAUAAGGAAAUGGAGAGGAAUAAUCAAUUAGAAUUUCACCUAAAACUUAGAAAAUAUUUAAAGAAGUUGAGAUUCAAACAGAAUUUUAAGAAAUCUAGGAAAAACAAUCAGCAGCAAAGGGUAAAAAGAUUGAUAAACUUAUACAAUAGAAAGAUGUUGCCACUCAUAUGCUCCCUGAAGAUAUCCAGCAAUUUUUAGGAUCUUCUUCCAAGGGUGAGGAGUACAAGAUGACUCCUAAAGAUAGAAGAAAAACUCAAUUGGCUUAGGACAUGGAUAUGUAUCUAGAUGGUGAAGACCUAGUUUUAAGAUCCCCACUUAGUUUUAGAAGAGCUAAUCAGAUUACCAGCAUGCCUAGAAAGAAGCAAAUUAAAGAUAAUUCAAUGAUUCAGGAUUCAGAUAUUGUUAAUAACAGAAAUAGCCUUCCAACUGACUGCAGCAAUCAAUGUAACAUUUAUUGA